AUCCUACUUGCCAUCGCAUAACAGAUCCGGAAACUAUCCCGAUCAUUUUCAUUCGGAAGAAAAAAUCUGUGAAUAUUCUUUCACCAAAUCUGACAAAGGUAUACAAACCAGAAUAUUUCUCACUGGUUUUAACUGUUUUUCUAAUUUGGUCAUGCACUCCCUCUGGGCUCUCGCCAUCCUCCUCUUGGCAAAGGUGACGUCGGCGGGAUCACCGUCGCAAAAGUCGGCACCGUCGUCACUUGGGAAGUCGCGAUCACUGGGACCCUGUCAGUCCUGCCGUCUUUUGAUUUCAUCCUUUGAAAAUGGUCUGGAACGCACUGCCACUUUGCCCAUAACCUCAGUUCCGAUAGGUGCUGACAUUAUCUCCCCAUUAUCCUCGUCAGAGCCCAAUGCUAGCGGUAGCAACCAACCAUCGCCCGUAAAGGAGCACAUUUCCGAUGACACGAGAUUUGAGGAGAUUAUGAAAUUGCUGUGCUCCGAUGUCAAAGGAGGGAAGGAACAGUGUGCAGAAUUGGUGGUAGCACACUCCAACUUGUUACAAGAAUGGAUGCAGCUGGAAACGCCUUGGCGUCCAGACCUCUACACUUGGUUUUGCAUCGACAAACUUCACCUUUGCUGCCCAACCAAUCACUUUGGCCCACAUUGCACUCCCUGUGCUGGUUAUCCCAAUGACAUUUGCUCAGGACAUGGAAAAUGCAAGGGGAACGGUACGCGGAAGGGUAACGGGGCCUGUUUGUGUGACCGUGGGUAUGUGGGAUCCGUUUGUAACUCUUGUGCAAAAUUGCACUAUGAAGCGUACCGGGACAAAACGAAGCUAAUCUGCUCGCCAUGUCAUAAAUCUUGUGCGGGAGGGUGCUCUGGAGCUGGGACGAAACAUUGCGAUGCAUGCAAUGAGGGUUGGGAGACGGACGACGAGAGAGGAUGUCUGGACAUCAAUGAGUGUCUGAUGUUGGAAAAAUCCUGUGGGAAGAACGAUUUUUGUGUGAAUACGGAAGGAUCCUACUCAUGUUUCGACUGUGAUCGGUCUUGCGACGGAUGUUACGGAGAUGGGCCCGAUAUGUGCGAUAAAUGUGCAACAGGCUACACACUAAUUGACAAGCUUUGCAUCGACAAUUCUGCCCGGUUUCGUGACACGAAAGUGGACAUUGCCAGAUAUCUGACAUAUUUCGGAUUAUGUGUAUCGACUUGCAUAAUUUUUCAGAAAAAUAUGACGAUUGCUAGCAUAAUUGGCAUAGCUGUGGGGAUGUACAUUGCACUCUCAGAGUAUUUGCUGAGUGAAGAAUCCUAACCCCAAAACUAGUCUACACUAAAUUUAAAUUACUUGUUGUUCAUGAAUUUAUUCCAAUAAUGUCACGUUUUCAAUACUUUUGUACACCAUGUAGCAAUUACUUAUGUGUUAGAUAUGUGAGGGGACAUGAUUCCUUUUGGGGCCUGGUGGUUGUGUUUCGCGAUCGGAUAACUCAAAUUCAGUUGGAGCCCGAAUAAUUGUAAAAACGCCAUCCGAAGAAAAAAUGUUUGCAAAAUAUACUUAUCAUUUCAUGGGGACGAUGAAAGAUGAGUAACGAAAAAUCACUACAAUAAAAUCGUAAGUAAUGUAAGUAAAUGGCAGACCAUACGUAUGUAUGUACAUAUGCAAACCACAAACUGUGAAGAUUGCACGUGCAAUAUCAUGUUUAACUAGAUUUGUAGAUACAAGUAUAAGCAAAAAAAAAUACUUGAGAUCUUUUAGCGAUGUCUAGUUAUAUAUUUCAAAAUUUUGAUUAAACAAUUCAGUUCACUACU